AAGUUACGAGGACAUGAAAAGUUGUGACCCGCUUGCUCCGCCGAGUCCGAGGGAGACUCCCACGUGAUUCCCUCGUGGACCGCACGUUCGCCACCUUAAUCCAAGGUCUUAAAUAAUCAUAUCAUGUAUGAAUGUAAUUUAGUUUUAGAGCGAUAGCUAAUUAUGUAAAAAUUAUAUAUUACACGAUAGCUAAUUGUGUUACUGAUAGUACUCGCUAUCAUCAAAAGUUACAUCUUUUUUUUUCCUUCUUCUAUUAUACUGAUUUACGACAUACAUUACAUGAUUUUCCACAAACUGAUUUCAAUAAUUAUUAUCAAGAAGAAAAAUUUCAAUAAUUUUACAAGGCUCUCUUAAAGCAGUUUCAAAGUUCAAACCAUUGAAAGAGUUAAGAUAACGUAAUCCUGACGCCCAAACAUUAAGUAUUGAAAUGCUUUUAAAAAACUUGUUGAAAGGAGACUGGGAAUUAAAAACGAGAAAGCUGGGAGAAGCUGCAAGGAGAUGAAUAUAAUACAGUAUUUGAGUACUUCAUUAAACAUUAACGAAAUCUGAGCCGUCGCUUUUUGUUUCUUUGUCUCUCCGUCGUGGAAAGAAGGAAGAUUCCUAAGUGAGAUGAAUCCAACGAUUUAUUUGAUUAAAUUAGUUUAACAUUAUAUCUUUAUUUUUUUUGUAAGUUGUAAGAGAGCCAAACAUAAAGAGACUAAAUAGUAUAUAUUGACAAAAAAAAAAAGAGAUUUAUAUGCAGAGAAAGUAUACAUAGACAUAAUUCGACUUAUAAGACCAUGAUAAACUAUUAUAUUAUGAGUACGUAUAUUAUAGCAAGCAAUUGCCAUAAUUUGACAGUAACUCGGUAAGAACAACUUUGACCGCUUGUUCGUCAUGUGAAAUAAUAUCUUGUUGGUACGUAAAUUUGUAUAAAGCAUUAUUAAUCAGUGGUAAACAAAAACAUACAGAAUUGUAAUCAUUUUUGUGAAAAGAGAACGUAUUUACAUAUUAGUUUUUUCACGACGAUACAUUUAAAUUAAUCAGUGUCGUUUUCAGAAAUCUUAGCUGUAUAUGUAUGGCAGAGAGCUCACACGCGUGGAAAUUUGUUUGUCUACAUGUUUACGUACAAAAAAAAGUUCUUAAUUAUUUUCUUUGUUUCUAGCUUUGUGUAGUUCGUACAUGGUCGAAACCUCAAUUUCUAAACAAUUUAUUUGAGAACAAUCUUUAGCCCGUGCGGGGACUUUUGUACGUGAGAAAGAAGCCUCGAGAAUGAACAAAACUACGAUUAGAUUGAUUCAACUUCAGAUUUCCAUUCCAUAAGCAUAGCUAUACAUAUAUAUUGAUUAAUGAUUAUGUAUUACCUACACAUCGCAAUCCUCCACUUAUAUGCCUUACAGAAAAAUAUCUAAAUGCAUGGACCGUCUUGCACUUGACCAUAUUUUCAAUUUUAUAUGUACAUAAUUAACAGAUACAUGACGACGUUUCAACGUGAAUUAUUGGUUUUAUAUUGAAAAAAAGAGGUCUUAAAAUGAUAGAAUGGUUUUGUAAUUAUGAGUUCUUACAAAUUGCAUAAUCCUUUGGAAUCGUAACCCUUUAUGUAUUCAGAUAUUCCAUAAUUCUAUCAAAUUUAUCAUAGGAAACCUUCUUCCACCGUUUUGCAAAUUAGUGAUGUUUUUACUAAUUUUCUCUUCAAUUUCACAAUUUUUAUCAUUUGCAGCUCAGAAAUUUUGAAUCAUAUAUGGAUAAAUUUUGUGGAUAGUGGCUUAUUUGCAUUGUGCUUAUUCCUGAAUUUAAUUAUAUAUGUGACUCGAUUUCUUGAUAUCAGACAAAGAGCAAUGAAACCCACGUACGUACCCAAUAAUUCCGCGUAACUAAUAGUAUUAUUGACAAGUUGUCAAAAUAAUAGUUUAUAAUUUUUUUUUUUUUUUUGUGUUUAUAAAAUUUCUUAAGGCAUAUGAAAAAAAUCAAAAUGUAUUAAGAAUAUUUAUUAGGAAGAUAAUAAAUUAAUUAAGAGAAUUGUAUGGACGAGAAGGAAACACACGUGGGAGAGAUAUGAGAGAGAGAGAGAGAGAGAGAGAGGAAGAGGUCAAUUCGGCGGAGACAGGAAAGGGACGGCGGCCCACGGCGGAAGGAGACGUUGUUAGGGGAAGUUUCCGACAAGAACAGCUUGCAUGCACGGUGGCCCACGUGCUCCGUACCCACCACCGUCGCGCGUGUUCCGCUUGAUAGCUACUCAUCUCUUCUCUCUCAUCCUCUACAGUUUAAGCGCGUGUGUUUAUACGUGCCUAUGUCAGUGUCUUGUCUAGAUGAAUAGUAGUGUAUUGGUGUGAAUGUCCACGUAUCCGUAUCGUAUUUGUUUCAAGUUUUUUUCUUUCUAUAAUGUUCCUUAGAAAUACAUGAUCAUAGAGUACAGUAUAUAAGAAGCAUGAAUCAUCCGUAGCUAAUAUUCAAAUACAACAUUUAAGACGUACUUUCCGAGAAAGACACAAAUUAUAAAUAUCUAGGUUCCAAUACGUAAUACGUGGAAUCUUACAAAUCAUAUAUCUAUGCGAAAUAUUUAUUGAUAAAGGUAAAUUAAUGACUAUAGUCAAAGACAAAUUGAUGGAUCUUGGAAGAUAAAAAAAUUUGGAUACAAAAGCUAAUGUUAUAGUAUUAGACUAAAGCUAACAUUUAACCCAAAUAAACCUUUCUUUAAGUUUCAUCAUCAAAAGUCUAAACUGAUGAUUUUUUUUUAGUUUGGGUAGUAGUGAGAAAAGAAAAAUAAAUUAAUCAAAAGAUUAAGACGAAAGAAUUUUAAAGCAAGGAACACGAAAUCCAAAGAGCGAGGGGAGUGAAGACAGUCCACGUAGCUGGAGAGACAAAGAGAAGAGCACGUGAGGCGCACGUUCCUUGUGUAAGACUUGUUGUGGUAAUGUUGGUGCAGUGUCUCACUGAAACAUGAAUGAAACCCAGACUUUGUUUUAAUUUCAGGCGAAGGUCCAUUUCUCCAUGUUAUAUAUCAAUCUCUUAUUUAUUAGCGAAAAUGUUUAAAUUUAUAAAAAUCCAUUGAUCACCCUAUCAUUUUCGAUAUCUAAAAGAUACAUCUAUUCUAAUGUCUAUAGAGUUUAUCUUAUUAUGCAAUACAUAUCCUCCCAUUUGCAUAUUGCAAUUUAUGACAUCAAAAAACAAAUUAGUAAUCAUUCUUUUGAUUGUAAACUAUAAGGUAUGCGUUCUACUUCGGCCAAAAUAAAUUCAGUAGUAAUGGAAAUAUUUUUGAUAAUUUGCACUGAAUGAGGUAGAUGGAUAUAAAUAUAGUCCAACGGUUCAAUUUCACCAAUAAUAGUAUAUAGCAAAAAAAAAAAAAAAAAAGUUUAAUUCAGCAUAGUUCAAAAGGGACCACAUUGGUCAUGUAAAAAUAUUACACCCAUAAAAAACAAAUUCAAGUCUCAUCUAUUCUCACUUUCCCAUUCCCGUGCACUGUGAAUUCCCCAAAUUAAUUCCGACAAUAAUGAAAUAAUAUGUCACGUGCAUUUACAUGAACAUGAUCAGUCGAGAUUUAAUACACAUUGGCUCUUUCUUUCUUUCUUCAUGAUUCAUUUCAUUUAGAAAAUUACUUAGGAAAAAAAAUAAUUUGUCAGCAACGUAGAAAUCUUCAUAGAACUAAAACGCAAACAUUACAAAUCCCUCCCCAAAAAACUGUAUAUUUACAUAUUUUUAACAAAGUUAUUACUUAGUUCUCUUCUCCAUCCCCCAAUUCGACCGAGCCCGAAAAAAAAAACAUCCGUCUUAUGUAUAAAUAACAUAGAUACAUACAUUUAGAAUAUAGUAGAAAAUACAAAAAAA